AUGACGUUUGAAGAUAUGAACCAGAAGCUCACACCAGCAAAUCCCAGCCGUGAGACAUCACCAAACCGCGGCUCCUCCGUGCCCCAAGCCGAAGCCAUCCCCAAGCCCUGCAAACCCCUCCGACAAUGGCAAGCCGAGCAAAACAUCGACCGCUCCGCCCAAAUCAAACUCACAAAGCUCGUACACAUGCGCUACCAACACCCCAACCUCGAUGAGAUUACUACUUUCCUGCGUGACUUUGGCAUGAGCGUUGCGCAGAAGGCGGAGGGCAAGAGGUGGUACAAGGGCUAUGGAGAUGACCAGUACGUGUACUACGCGCAAGCCGGCGAGAAGAAGUUCCUAGGCGGCACGUUUGAAGUCGAGAGUUUUGCCGAGCUAGAGAAAGCCGCGCGAGUAGCUGGCGCAAGUGAGAUCAUCGACUUGAGCUCAGCACCCGGGGGUGGGCAUCUCGUCACACUGCACGAUCCCGAGGGAUUCCCGAUCAACCUGAUCUUCGGGCAGGCGAAGAAAGCGGCCGGCCCGUACCCGGAGAUCCUCACGACCAACUACGAGGCCGAGAAGCCGCGGGUCGCGCGGUUCCAGCGGUUUAAACCGGGCCCUGCGGCGGUGCACAAGUUGGGCCAUUACGGGCUGUGUGUGCAGAACUUCCAGGAGGAAAUGCAAUGGUACACGCGCACGUUUAAUAUCGUGCCGACGGAUUUCCUCACCGUGGACACGGAAACAGGGGAAAAGAAGGACGUCGCCAUCUUCGCCCACAUCGACCUCGGGCCGGGCUACACCGACCACCAUACCAUCUUCCUGUCACACAACCCCUCCUCACACGUGCACCACUGCUCGUUCGAAGUGCACGAUUUCGACACGCAGAGCCUCGGGCACGAGUGGUUGGCGAAGAAGGGGUAUAAGAGUGUCUGGGGCGUGGGCCGGCAUAUUCUGGGCAGCCAGCUUUUCGACUACUGGUGGGACACGACGGGGAAUAUGAUUGAGCAUUACGCGGACGGGGACCUGGUGAAUGAGGAGACGCCGGUGGGGUGGGGGGAUGCAGGGGAUGAGAGUUUGGCGGUUUGGGGGCCCGAGGUGCCCGGGUGGUUUUUGGAUUGA